UCCCUUCCUGCCGCUCCUCGGCCCUUCCGCCACAUCCCGGGCGCUUCCUGUGGCGUCCCUCCAUCCGGGGGACAGGGCGACGCUCAGCCGCAGGAGCUGGUCUCCACUGCUGGACCCGCUCAGUGCUGAUCGCAGGCCCACCCUGCGUGCCUCCGCCCGGACUUGGCGUGAGAGGAUACAUGUUCGCUUCAAGUAGAAAGGAGCAUGUUCCCAAAUUUUUCCAACUUGGGUCAUCCACCCUUCCCUUCAAAGCAUCAGCAACAGAGUAAUUUGUCCAAUAUACUUCCCAUAAAUAUACCUCCUACUCUUCUUUCUCACCAGCAAACUGUUGUUCCUCCGUUGAAUUUUCGCACUGCAGUUCUUUCUAGAGCUCUUUUGAGUGGGAACCUUGCAGCUACUCCAACUGUUACUUCAACGGCUACACUGCAACCAAUGACUUAUGGAAAUGUCAGUCCAGUGUCUAUAUCAGGUGCCCUCACAUCAUUUCAAGGAAGAAAGAGACAAAAUGAACAAAGUGUUUCAUAUAAUGUCAAACGGCAGCGGAUUAAUUCACAGAAUUCUGACACAACUGUAGUUAACCAACCAGUGCCUUUAGCAGAAGAACGUAGACACUCCUUCCCAGGACCAAUUUCAAUUCAGUCACCACCGUUCCUUGCACGUGGCUCACCAGCUUUAGCUAGAUGUGUCCCUCCGCUGCAAGAUACUUUGUUUCUAGACCCUACAGAAGCCAGGCUCCCUCUGGCCAAAGAUGAGUUAAGUCAACAGGUUUUGGAGUUGUUUCAGGCAUGUCGGCAACAGGCCUCUGAUUUGGACAGGAAAGAGCUCUGCAGAACAGAACUCCAGAGAGAAAUUCAGCUAAUUUUUCCGCAGAGCAGACUUUAUUUGGUUGGGUCCUCUCUGAAUGGAUUUGGCACUCGUAGCAGUGAUGCUGAUUUGUGCCUGGUGGUUCAAGAAGAACCAGUGAAUCAGAAGACUGAAGCAAGACGUAUACUCAGCUUAGUCCAAAAACUCUUCAGUACUAAACUUUCAAGCUACAUCGAGCGACCUCAGCUGAUCAGAGCAAAAGUGCCAAUAGUGAAAUUCAGGGAUAAAGUCAGUAGCUAUGUGGAGUUCGACUUGAAUGUAAACAAUGUUGUAGGGAUAAGAAAUACAUUCCUUCUGAGAACCUAUGCAUUCAUUGAGAAUCGAGUUCGUCCAUUAGUACUGGUUAUUAAGAAGUGGGCAAGUUUUCAUGAGAUAAAUGAUGCCAGUCGUGGUACUUUAAGCAGCUACAGUCUUGUGCUGAUGGUUUUGCAUUAUUUACAGACCCUACCUGAACCCAUCCUUCCAUCCCUCCAGAAAAAUUACCCAGAAUGUUUUGAUCCUACUAUGCAGUUGCAUCUUGUUCAUCAAGCUCCAUGUACCAUCCCUCCUUACAUCUCAAAAAAUGGAUCAAGCCUUGGAGAUUUGCUAAUAGGCUUCUUCAAAUAUUAUGCCACAGAAUUUGAUUGGAGCCAUCAAAUGAUUUCAGUUCGUGAAGCCAAAGCUAUUCCAAGACCUGAUGGUAUUGAAUGGAGAAACAAAUUUAUUUGUGUAGAAGAGCCUUUUGAUGGGACAAAUACUGCUAGAGCUGUACAUGAGAAACAGAAGUUCGAUAUGAUCAGAGGUGAAUUUACACAGGCUUGGCGGGUAUUACGAGAUAAGAAAGACCUGAAAUGUAUAUUACCUUUAAGAGCAGACGAAAUGAAAAGAUAACCAACUUCUUUCACUUUUUUUUUUUUUUUUUUUGAUCCUGCUGAAACAAAGAACAGUAU